AUGCUGGGUUUCCCUGGUAUUCCAGGAUCAAAUGGUAUACCGGGAGUGCCGGGCGUCCCAGGGCCACACGGACCCCAGGGAAGGGAAGGUGUAAAAGGUCAAAUUGGUGAUAAAGGUCCGCAAGGAAUGACGGGUCCAAGAGGAGACAGAGGCCGUGAAGGACUCCCUGGGAAGAGUGGACCGCGUGGAAUUAAGGGAAUGAAAGGUCAACAGGGACUUCUGGGAAUGAAAGGAGAGCAAGGAGCUGUGGGAAUGAAGGGAGAGCCAGGCAUUGUGGGAAAUCAAGGAAGAAAAGGAGACAAAGGAGAGAAAGGAGAAAGCGCCAAAGCAAGUCAAGCAAGUGUAGUACCACAAACCAACUGGAAACAAUGUGUGUGGAAAUCACACAGCGACACUGAUAACGGAAAGAUUAAGGUAAAUAGAAUAAGAAUCAUAGCACACUCCUAAGAAAAUUCAUUCCUUUUUUAGUUAAAAUCUUUCAAAGAAGAGCGUCUCCCCUCUCACUCACCGUUUGCCAAGCAACACAUUACAUAAAUAACUAAUAAGUUAUAUUUUCCUCUACUUUGGUUCUCUUUGAACAAAAAAAAAAAGAAAACUAUCAUGCGUGAUAAAAUUAUUCCUGGCCAUAUGGAUAAGGACAACAAAAAUUUAAGCUAUUAUAGAGUUUUUAACAUUAGGAAGUAAUAUUGACCGGAGUUGUUAGAAUCAAUCAUUACACAAGGUUGCUCGCCUUACUACAAUACGUUUGAUUUGUUUGAUUUUAUUCCAGGACUGUGUGUUUAACAAACUGCAGUCUAAUUCAGCGCUCAGAGUCUCAUUCCAGGGAAACAUGAGGGUCCAAGGUAGUAGUAAGUGUAACCGAUGGUAUUUCAAGUUCAAUGGAAAUGAAUGCAGUGGACCAAUGACGAUUGAGGCUGCUGUUUACAACUGGUGGCCAUCUGGGAACCCUAAUCUGCUGCAUCAUCGGUCAUUUGAGGGGUACUGUGACAACAUCCCACAAGGCGCUGUAAGAGUGGGAUUAUGGGUAGGACUCUGUGGUAGUGGCCACAAAUUGGGUGAUGCUGCAACUGGGUGGAGCUCAGUGUCCCGGAUAAUGAUUGAAGAAGUAUCUAGGCCUCAGUCCUAA